AUAGAUAUAUAUAUAUAUAUUAUAUAUAUCUAGGCAGAGUAGAAGAUAUAUGCGUAUGAGCUGAACGCGGCGCACUCUGCUCUGCUUUUUUCUUUUAUAAUUACUUUUGUCUAAAAUUAGAAAACGUGUGUGUUGUCUUCGUCGGGUGUGUUGUACGUGCGUGUGUGUCUGUUUGACUCUGUGUCUGUGUGUCUGCUAUAUCAACAACAUCAUCAUCAUCGUCAUCAUCAGCGACAACAGAGACAGCGUGCGUGUAUUAGUGUAUGUGUGUGUGUGCCAGAAAACACUCGACAGUGAAUCAGGCAGCAACUACGGCUACGGCUACGGCUACGACUACGACUACGACUACGACUACGGCUACGUCUAUAUAGACAGAUCGCGUAUACGGCGAGACAAACAUUAACAUUAUCGAAAAUACAAAAAAGUGUAUCUCACAGAUACGCGCGCGCAGCGAGGAUUACAAUUACAACAGCAGCAGCAGCAACAAAAACAAUAAUAACAACAACAACAACACCGACACGAACGACGCGUCGCAUCGCACGCACGAACACACGAAACGGCCAAUCGGCUGCAGCCGACGGCAGCCGAAGAGCUAACGAGACGCGCACGAAACGCGCGCGCGUGAAAAACGUCGUGAAAAACGCGCAAGGCAACAACAAAUGGCAUAAAAAAUCGCAACAAAAACAUCACAAAAACUUAAAACCAAACGCCACGCGACGACCUUAAGUCUACGUCCAUUCGAAGAGGGGGGGGGCGUGACCAGAGCUCAGUGCGUCGACUCCAAGGCGCUCAAGUGAAACGCGAAUAAAAUCAAAUCAAAUAAUUCUAAGCUAAAUAAAUGCAACAACAGCAGCAGCAACAGCAACAAUAACAACAAUAAACGAACGAACGAACGAACAAGCAAAGCAGCAACAGCAGCAGCAACAAUAACAAAUACAAGCAGCAAUUUAUUUAUUUAAAGAUAUACAUAUACAUUUUUUGCAUUGCCAAAGCAGACGAUCGGGCCAAAAUGAGUCACCAGCAACAGCAGCAACAGCAACAACAGCAGCAACAGCAACAACAACAGCAUCAGCAACAGCCAAAAAAGUUCUCAAAGUGCUCAUAAAUAUUAUGCUAGAAAUUGUUAAACAUUCACUGUCUCUAACACUCUCACUUAACGUGUCUCUCUUUCUCUGUGUCUCUCUCGCGUCGCGUCUCUCUGUUGCUGUCUCUCAAAAUGCUACGAAACUAUCGAAAGUAUUUGCAGGAUAAACGAAAAUACGACAAGGCACAGCGACGACGCAGCGGCGGCAACAUUUGCCAGCAAUAGACAGACAACAAGCAGCAACAACAAAUCACAACAUCAGAAGCAGCAACAACUAGUAAGCAGCGACAGCAGCAGCAACUAGCUAACGAUAAGCGAUAGACAGCAAUCGAUAGUUGAUUUGUAAAUAAAGCUAGGGCAACAGCAACAACAAUUUUGGAGGACGCCAUGUAUGCGCAACAUGUGCGCAAAUGGAGUCUAAAAACGCAACUGCAACUAAUGCCAUUGAUAUCGCUAGCAAUCUCCAUGUUGCUAUUGAUCACAUGUGCGCCGGCGACAACAGCAGCUGCAGCGUCAGCGGCAGCAGAAACAAUCACACAUCAGCUGCGAAGAUCAUGGGAAUCAGAAGAAAGCAGCUACUAUAUUGCAUUGCCACAGCAGCAACAGCAGCAGCAGCUGCUGGCGGACAAUGGCAGCGGGAGCAGUGAAAGCGUCGACAGCAACAUCGACAAUAGCAACAGAAACAGCAACAGCAACAAUAAUAUUCAAUUAAGUAGGCUGCCCAGCCGGCCCAGCAGUCUUAGUAGCUUUAAAAACAUUAAGUUUAGGUCAGCAACAGUAUUCGACGCAGGCAGCGAUAGCGAUGCGGCUGUACUGCGACAGCAACAGCAGCAGCAACAUAUUGCUGCGGUGACAACGCAGCAGUCACAGCAACAAGUUCCAAAUACGCUAAUAAAUAGUCAAAUAUAUAAAUUAUUAUACAAUAAUGGCAUGCCCAGAGUGGCGGCGAGCAGCAGUAAAACGCGACGUCAUGCACUGCAACAGCAACAACAGCUGCAGCUGCAACAGCAGCAGCAGCAGCAUCUCAGCAACCCUGCGCGGCAGCCGCAGCAGCAGCAACUUAUUGCUGCCUACAACUUUAGCAGCAAGGCAGGAGCAACUGCUAGACACAACACAACACAACGCUAUUUUAUUGAGUCCUACGAAGUGCCAGAGAGCAGCGAGGAGCAGACGGCGCGGAAUCGCCGCGAUUUUGGCAGCUCCGGCAACAGCAAUGGCCAGCGGCAAUAUCGCGCCGGUGGCGGCCACCGACAGCAGCAGCAGGAGGCAAAACGCGAGCAUCGCCGCCAGCGGCAGCAACAGCGCCAACAACAGCAGCAGCAUCACCAGCAUCAGCAGCAGCAACAUCGAAAACAUCCACGGAAGCAUCGGAACAGGCAGCGGGCCGGUCGUUACUGUUCAGCUCGGGAUCCCGCUCAACUGGCAUAUGCGGCGCCCACCGUGUUUAUGGGCGUCUUUAAGUCCAUGUCGGCCGAUCGGCGGACGAACUUCUCGGCGACCAUGAAGGUGCUGCAGGUGUACAAACAGCAGCUGAAUCUGCAGCUGCCGCAGCUGGUCCGGCUGCAGUUCGCGCUGCGCAACAACAGCGGCGAAUGCGACAUCUACAGGGAGCGUCUGUUGCCGCGGGGUCUGGUGCGUGGCAACGAUCUGGAGCAGGCCUCUGACAUUACCUACAUGAUGUUUGUCCAGCAAACCAAUUCCGGCAACUUCUCCAUCCUGGGACAGCCCAUUCGCGUUACGCCCGCGGUCCUCGAAGCAGUUCAAAUGGCUGUGAACGAAACUUAUGCACAGAACGCAACGAUUACAUCGAUAACAUCCGUGCCGAGCAACGGGACGAUGGCCAACGGCGAGAAGCUGCGCAUCAUCUGCAAGGUGGAGGGCAGGCCGCCCCCAAAGGUGACCUGGUUCAAGGACGACAAGUCUAUAAAUCGCAAACGCAAUGUUUACCAAUUCAAGCAUCACAAAAGACGCGCCGAGCUGAUCGUGCGCUCCUUUAACAGUUCCUCCGAUGCGGGCAAAUACGAGUGUCGUGCCAAGAAUAAAGUCAGCAGCAGCAUCAAGAAGCGCGGCAUCAUGAUCAAUGCCUAUCCAGUUCCGCUGAGGCCGGAUCCGGGCAGCGCGGGCUAUCCAUGUGUGGUGAACUUUUGCUUUCACGGCGGCACCUGCAUGUUGUUACCGGAUCUGCCUACAUAUUAUUGCAAUUGCCCGGAAGGAUUCAAUGGCCAGCGCUGCGAGUUUUCCGGCCCAGACAAUAUUUUGUUGCAAUCUACGGCCAAAUACAUACCUUAAAUAAUGAUUAUCUUAAUGCAUAGAAUUUUUAUUUAAACAAAAACAAAAAACAAAUAAUAAAUAAAACGCAAUCAAAAGUACUCCCUGCACUCCAACGCCGACAAAUGUAAUUUUUUAGUAUUAUGUUUAAAAAAUUCUACAAUUUGUUGCACCACACAAAAAAAAAAAAAACUAAAAAAAACAGAAACAAAAUUUUCGCAACGCUCACGCUAAGCCAAUUGUGGGCGUUGUUCCAAAUUUUUUGCAACUACAAAAAAAAAAAUUAAUAAUAUUAUUAAUAAAUGAUAAUAAUGAAAACAAAAUACAUUAAC